GAGGUGGUGGGUGGUGGUCCGGGUUCCCCGCUCACACUCACACUCUCCCUCUCUCAUUCUCUCGGGCGGUAGCGAGGCGUGCGCGGCGCGGUGCGUAUCUCCUGGAGCUGUGCUUGAAGGGUGACAGAGGUGCUUUUGUGCGGCAACGUGACUCGCGGGGAAGGUCGAGGCGCCUCUGGGGAAGCACGUCGCUCAGUGUUUGGCUCAGGUCGCCCGCUCACCCGUAUGAUACUGCGGCGUCCGGCAAGCCUGAGGAGAGGCGUGGGGUGUGGAGGAGGCGAGGCUUUACUUGUGUGUUGACUCUCCCGCCUGGCUGGGAUGGACCUGACGCAAGGGACGUGUGACAACAACAGGGUGCCAUCAGUUACGGAGUGACCGGCCGCACCUCCCACCUGCCUGCCUGCUUCCGGCGCUGGUGUGGCGUGACGAGAAGGCAGUCCAAUCCUUCCUCCCUCAGCACAAACCUCCCCUGUGGCUCCCCGUCCCCUCCACGCACACAAGGGCGGCGUGGAGCUGUUGUGUGAGAGUCAAGGACUAAUAUGACUUGUAUUUAUCAUAGUUUUCGUUCCGUCCCACUGUACGUAGUGUAGUUGCCUGCGGGUCUGGUGGGCGGCCUGCACAGCAAGAGCCUGCCCGUGUGAUGCUCCUCGCCGGGGUGUGUUGACGGCUCCCUGUCCUCACACCGCCACCGUAAGCGGCCACCGAAGCUCACCAGAAACAUUUUACCGUAUGGUCCCAACAACGUCCCCUGCGGCACCCAGCUGACGGCCGCCGCCCGUCACAACCGGUGCGAACACCCUCCCAAGGCCCCGCGCGCUCGCGUUUUGUUUGCGUUGGUUUAACAUAACGGAGUGUUGCACGGGGACUUAAGCAUUAUUCUAUACUUUGCCAGGCUGUAGCAGCUGUCCCUCUCCUUCUGCGCCACUCAGACGGAGGUUCACAAGUCUAUUACCACUAUUAGCCUGUGUAACAGCAAGGGGGCGCGGUGAAGGGACUCCCCGCACCACUGCCCUCACAGCGAGAAAUAUCCAGAGGCCAGCGCCACGACACUGCUGGCCUGCACGUGCUCGUGGGCGACCUUCGCGGCGCGUCUUGCACGGAGAUCUGCCUUGUGUUGCUAUGACCCCGGCCCCCGCCCCGCGAGCCCCACCUCAUGGGCUGCCUCUUGAGUGUCUCCAGCAACACUUGCGUCAACGUGGUGGACUUGGCCGCCGUCAGGGACCUCCAUAACUCUCCCCUGUUCCGCCAGAAGAGGCACUCCGUUCUCUCAGCGUUAUCUGCGCUCUCUGCGAAGCGCCGCGGCAGCAAAGGGGGGCGCUCUUCUCCCCGAAAGCCACGCCGGCCUGGAGUAUUUGUAGCGGACGCCUUGAGAAACUUGCAGCGUGCACAUUCCUUUCGUCACGGCGAGUGUUACCUGUGUAAUUACAAGAACAAAUCGUGUAAUGGAGUGUGCAUCCACCGCGAGAUCUUCACGUCGGUCAAGCCUGGCUACUACUCCAACUACUACAACAAAGAUUCCCACGUGGGCGUGAGGCGCUCCGCGACCCUCAGAACGUCACUCCACUCCUUCCCGUCGCCCAAGCAGAGCAAGGCGUUCCGUGCAGGUUCAUUCUCCCGAGGCUCCGAGCUGAGGGUCUCGCUGCGCAGCUCCAGUUCGUUCAAGGCCAAGGCGCGCCGCUCCAUGAGGUCCAUCACUGCCUUCCCUCCAGACGCGCCGCCGCCGGAACUUGGGAUUAAGCCGCAGGUUUCUCUUCGCCUGUCCCGCCACAGCCUGGGCCGCAGGGAGACCAACCGCUCCGUCACCAGCUGGGAGGAGCGCGAGGCGGUGGCUGCGUUGCACAACGCCCUCAGCAGCAACAGCAUUGACGGCGACUCGCUGCACUCGCGGAACAGCGAGGACGAGGAUGAAGACGACGGGUACGAGCUGGUGGGGCCGCCGCUGCCCGCCAGGAACAAGAAAAGAGGCGCUGGGGAAUUCGCUCCCCCGGUGGACCUAGCCAUUCACCCGCUCAGCAUGAAGGGGACGCUGACAGCUAGUGACUUCGGGCUGGUGAAGAGGGAGCCGGGCCUCACUACGCCCUCCCCACCCUUCCCCAAGUCCCUCCCCUCCAAUCCCACCUACUCCUCCGUGCUUGACCCUGCCCUCAGCUCCGAUCUCACAGAUUCCAACCUUUCGGCGUCCAGCGAUGACGCGGAGAGCUCCUUGAGGAAACGCAAGGACGGUGGUAGGUCUAAUGGGUGUCCGGGGCGUGACGGCACACAGGAAGGGGGUCAGGGGUCACGGCCAGAGAUCCUCCUUCCCCCGCCACCCAAGGACUCACCCACAGACGCCACUCAAGCCAAUACCAGUGCCAACGCCCAGAUGGACAACGCCGUCACCCCGGUGUAUCUGGCGGCGCAGGAGGGCCACUUGGAGGUGCUGCAGUACCUUGUGGACUCUGCCGGCGGGCGCCUCGACCUGCGGGCCAAGGACGGCAUGGCGCCCAUCCACGCGGCGGCUCAGAUGGGCUGCCUCAACUGCCUCAAAUGGAUGGUGACCGAGCAAGGCGUGGACGUGGGGCUUAGAGACGAGGACGGCGCCACGCCCCUCCACUUCGCAGCCUCCCGCGGCCACACCGACACAGUUCGCUGGCUCCUUCGUCACGGCGCCGCCAUCGUACUCGACAAGUUUGGAAAGAGUCCCAUAAACGACGCUGCAGAUAACGACCACAUGGAGGCACUACAGCUCCUGGUGCAGCACGGCGCCACGCCAGACUACGCCACUGACUCAGAUUCUGCGGACUCCGGCUCCCACCACCACCGUUGUUCCUGCCACCAGGGGCUGUGCGGCGCCAGCAAGGACUCGGAAUGCUCCACCAGCGGCUCGGAAUCCUGCAACUCCUCCUGUGAGAGCGACUGUCACUUGUCAGGCCACAGCUCAGACUCCGGCGUGCACCAGGAGCCUUUUUACCUCCACCCCCCAAGCACUGCCACGCCCCCAGAGCCCCCCAGUGGCCAGGAGCAAGGGAAGCAAAAGGAGAAGAGCAGUUUCUUCCUCAACCCUCUCAAUGACCUAAAAGAAGCCUCAGAGAAGUAUAACAAAAGCAAAACCGAGGCUGGAAAGGACGGGGAAAAGAAGUCGAAAAAGCCGUUCUUCCUUCACAAGCCGGAAGCUGUGUCUUACCACCGCGUCCAGGAGCUGUUCGUGGGUAAGAGUUCCAAGAGUGAAGGGAAAGGAAAGAAGAGCAAGGGCGCGAAAGAAAACGGAGCCAAGGACGCCAAGAAAAACGGGAAGGUCGAGCAAGAACAGGAACUCGCAGUGAUCGAGAGUGCGAGUCAAGGCACUGGAGAAAACGGGAAGACGCACACGGGAGAGAAGAAAGGAAGGGUAGACUAUGAGGGGAGGAAGCUACCCAAGAUCCCAAGCGCCUCUUCGUCGCCAUCGUUCCCCUCCUCCUCCUCUCCCUCACACUCCUCGUCUUCUCGAGCCAUACACUCCACGAUGAAAGUGAAGGCAGACAUCCACAGCAGUGAUGACGCGGCCUCCACCUCGAGCGGCUCCUCCCAUGAUCACCACUACGAGGACAUCAACCCGACACACCUGCCAGAGGGACGCCCCAGGGACUCCUCGACCCUGCGCCGCUCCAGAUCAAAGCAGGACGUGGUAGACGAAGACGACGAGGCAGCCAGACAGAGGCAGCGGCUUCAGGGCCUUGAUGAUCUGAUUGCUGGUGUCCCCCCGCCGGACUACGACCGGGGGGCGCCACUGAGCGACGAAUCAGCCCGACCUGACGUCUGUAACAGUGGCUCGCAGGGGGACAUUCCUCCGCCGGCUGAGUUUGGGGAUGAUGAUGAUGGAGAGGAAGAAGCAACAGGCCGCCAGAGACUCCAUUCAACACAUUCCAUGCCACCCACUUCCUCCCACUCCCACGGCCGCACUCCAGUCUCCCGCACCAAUUCAGAGCCGCCACCGCCGCCGCCGCCACCCAUGCCAGACACAGCAACCUCCCCGAGACAGUCCCCGAGCUCCUCACACAGAUCGGCUGAGGAGGCUAAUGGCAUCUCACCCGCCUCCUCCAAGCCUCCCUCCCCCAGGUCUGCCCACAGCUCGGUGGAGGAGAGGGAGGAGGAGGAGGAUCACGUUGAUGAGGGCCUCGGUGGCAGCCCCUCUUCAUUUGUCAGGAGGAAUUCACAGAGAAGCUUGAAUGGAGAGCGCCCUUCAUCAUUGCCCCUGGACAUGGCUGAGCAUUACGGUAAGAUCAUGGCUGAUGGGAGGGAGAGAGAGGUCGCCGCUUCCAAUGAGGAGCUGGGCCACUCCCCGCAACUCGGCAAGUCUCACCUCAUGCAUGGGAAGACCCUGCCAUUCAUUCCCCCCAAGUUCCCCACCCAGCCUUCAGACUCUGGCCUCAUCAAGCCCUCAGAGUACCUGCGUUCACUCGGAGAAAGCACCAUUGCACGUUCACCAAGCGGGGAGGCAAAGGCAGGCCACGGAUCACACCAAACUGGGACCCUACACCACAACGGCACUUCACACCAAAUCAGUACAGCGAAUCACAACGGUACAUCACAUUACAGUGGCAUAACGCCCCUCUCUGCCGCGACACACCACAGCGACACAGAGCACGACAGUGGAAGCGCACACCACACAAUUACAGAAGAGAUUGACACCCAUGAUGCCAGCAACGGCUCGGCAUCUGUCAUCCCUCCCCCACUCCCUGCCAUCCCAGAGUCUAGCGAGGAAGACCCAGCCACUAAGGAUAUUGGUAAUGGUGCUCCUCCUCCUCCUCCUGCUCCUCCUGCUCCCCCUACUUCUUCCUCCUUCAAUACGAUGUCCAGCACACGCACCAACACACUAAACACCAACCACAGCAACAACAACACACUCUCUCACAACAGCAACAAGACAGUGCUGCCGACCAUCAGUGUGACAGACCUACAGAGUGUUCAGCUGAGGAAGAUUGAGACCAAGAGUGUGAAGCCAACCUCCAUUGCCCUCAAGCUACCUGUGUCACCACCAGAGCCACUGAUCAACUCUGUCAAGAAUGAUGUCAUUGCUGAGCUCAAGAUGGGAGUUGAUAUCCCCGGCAUCAAGAAGCUGAAGUCGGAGCGAGCCAAGGAGGAGGAGAUCCACAUCAGGCAGGAGAAGGAGGAGCUUUCCAGACAGUUUUCUGCCAGUAAAUUUGUGGAUCAGGUGCCAGACACUGACCCAUCUGGGAACCGCAUCCCAGACUGGAAGAGGCAGAUGCUGGCGAGAAAGGCAGCCGAGCGCGCCAAGAAGGAGGCAGAGGAGCAGCGGCUGCAGGAGGCAGAGGAGAAGAGACUGCAGUCCAUCCCCCCCUGGAAGCGACAACUGAUGAUGCGGCGGGAGGACGAUGCACGCCGUAGCCAUCCAGUCACAACAUGCACGCAGUCUCCAGCCCACCUCGUCCGCAUCCCAAGCACUAGACCCUAGUGUGAGUGGCAGGGUAGCUAAAGGGAACACAGAGGCAAGGAGGGCUCCAUUGUAUGUGCCCAAGGUGGAGGAGGUGAAGAGGAUCAAGGUCACCAACAUUGGGCACCAGGACUCCCCCCAGCCCUCCGAGAGAACCCAGGAGAAGGAGAGCACUGCAGGAGGGAGCAGCAGAACCACCACCACCACUACCAUCACCGCCACCAUCUCCUCCACCCACACCAGGAGCCCCAUCGACACCAGACAAGAGGAGGACGAGGAGCCGCCCAACCCCUGGCGCACUAAUCUUAGGAAAACUAAUAGUAAAUUGAAUCUACAUGAGUGAGCUUGAGUGACCAUCCAUCCUCCUUCCCUUCUUCCUCUUCCGUCCUUGAAAAAAUUAAAUAGCUUCGUUUUUAUCAGUUAGUGCUGCAGUAUAUAUGGCAUUUUCUCCUCUUCCAUUUAUUUAAGUCAUGUUAUAUAUAUUCCUUCCAUUCUUGUAGCACACACUAUGUAUAUUUUGUAAUAGACUAACUUUUCCAUGUGUAUCUCUUAUCCUUGACUUAAUUUUAAGGAACUGAGUCAUUAUGUCAUAUUUAAAUAAAAGAGUAUUAACCAGCUUGUAAAGGAAGACUGUAUUUAUGUACAUAGAUUAUUAUAUAUGUGUAUUCUCUGUAAAUAAGUGUAUGUAUUGCAUGUGCAGUAGCUCUAUGUAUACAUCUGUAAUAUUAACCAUGCAGACUGGCUGAUUCACUGUGCCAUGUAUAGAGGUGGUGUCCAAGAUGUCACUCAGCGUUAUGACAGAGUGCUGUGCUUCCCCUCUGCUUCAGGCCGGCAGGCAGGACACACCCAGCCUGCCCGCCCGCCGCCUUGCCCCUCACUCCCUACUACACUGGCUUCUCCUUUGAUUUUCUUUUUUUUUUACUGUCAUCAUAACCACAGGGACUAUAGCAUCAAGUAUACUAUGUCCAGGCCGCAUGGAGCUUCAGAUUAAAUAUUUUUCAC